GAUUGCCACACUACAUUUUUCUUGAAUUUCCUUCACUUAACAUGCCUUAUAUGUGAGUGCAUGGAGUAUGGCACGGUUAAUGACAUUUGGGCUUGUGCAUUGCCCAAUCUGUCCAGCUACAAUUUGAUUGAUUGAUUGAUUUCAUUUCAUGAAUGAUUUUUUCAGCAAAUAAGCAUAUAGUUUUGAUACCUUUUGUAAGCGUGUUCUUGAGCAUAUAUUCCUUUGGUCCUUGGUUAGCAGAAGUUUGUUGUCAUCAGAAAGUGGACAGGAAAUUGGGAAAUGAGAUUGCUUUUUUUUUUCAAGGCUGAAAAGGGGUAAUUUGGCAAAAAAACACUGUCUCUCAAACUGCAGAAAUUGACGAUCAAGCAUUGUCAUACUGUCAAACCUACUUGUUUAUCUUAUCAAUUAGGGUCAUUUUUCCAAAGCCCGCCCAAGAAGAGGAAUUUUAUACAAAUAGUUUUCAACUGUAAAAAGAUAACCCAAUGAGCGUCGGUUGUGAUGUCGACAACGUUCCGUUUAAGACUUUUUUUAAGCUAUUGGGAAAUUUGAGAACAAGCCCAAGUUUGACACUUCAGCGUGAGUCAAUCAGCCUGAAAUAUUGGGGUCUUAUUUUUUUUUAUUUUUAAAUAACUUACGAGCUACACCAAUGUCAAUUUUUUGAAAUGGGGUGGUUAAGUCAUGAAUUGCCCCUCAUGGCCAAGGUAACUUUUUUUUGUGAAUUUGGUUAUCACUCUUGGAAACAUAAUCCUGAUAUCCCCCACAUUUCAAGAAGAAAAACAUAUCUUUCCUACAUAACUCAACAUUCAUCUACGAUCUGAUCCACCAAGUCGGUAGAAAUGCCACCAAAUACAGAGACUCCAGUGAGUGACAAGCAAAUCAAUUCUUUUCGCACAAAGCCACAGGUAAUCAUCGGUCUUGAACAACUGUAUGGAUUAUCCAAGCCAAAGAAAUUCGGUCACCCUCUGGCCCAGAUAAGAGUUUGAGAUUUGCCAGCUCCUCAAGAAAACAAGAAGCAGAAAAUCGCCGGCGUUCACCUUUCUGCUGUUCUAAUCUGGCGUGUCCAUGUCCCGCGCUUCUUCUUAGACGCUCCCUGAUCCGAGCUUGGAUGCGGGAUCUGGAUUCGGUUGACGUCAUCUCUUGCACUCUCGCUCCAUCUCUCUGUCUACUCUGACUCGAUCGAGGAGGAAGCUUCAACGUCCAUGUCCCCAUCCUCAGUCAGCAACUGGCUCACCAUGGAUACAGCCUUUUUUGGCGGGUUCUUCGUCCUGGCCGUGAUCGCGCUGAUCAUGAACCUGCGGGCCCGCAACACGGAUCAUCAGCGCCAAUCCGUGUCUAACGCUAAUUUCUUGACGUUUCAACGCAGCUUCUUUUUCGUGUACUUCCUGGCCUUGAUCGGCGAUUGGCUCCAAGGGCCGUAUGUGUACAAAUUGUACGAGUAUUAUGGAUUCCGGGAAUCCCAAAUUGCCGUGUUGUACGUGGCCGGAUUUGGUUCCUCGGUGGUGUUUGGCACGGCCACGGGCCCAUUGGCGGAUAUGAUUGGUCGGAAGAAAAUGGCCAUUGUCUUUUGCAUCUCCUAUACCAUUUGCUGCCUCACCAAACUCAGUCCCAACUAUUGGAUGCUCAUGUUUGGCCGGAUCUUGGGCGGCAUCUCGACGUCCAUGUUGUUUUCCACCUUCGAAUCUUGGUAUGUUCACGAACAUACGGAGCGAUACGGAUUCCCGGCGGAAUGGAUCGGGGUCACCUUCUCCACCACGACCUUUUGGAACGGUUUCUUGGCUAUCACGGCCGGGGUGAUUGCCAAUUUCACGGCUGAAGGCUUGGGUUAUGGGCCGGUGGCUCCGUUCGUGGUGGCCGUGUUUCCACUGGUGAUCUGCGGCUUUGUGGUGGCCCGCACCUGGCCCGAGAACUAUGGGAAUCGCACGCAUCGCCUGGCUGCCUCCUGUAUGGAUGGAUUCAAGACCAUCUUGAACGAUCGGAAGAUCCUCUAUCUAGGGGGAGUCCAGACCAUGGUGGAAUCCUGCAUGUACAUCUUCGUGUUCCUGUGGACCCCGGUCUUAAACCCGGCCCAUCCGCCCUUGGGCAUGGUUUUUGCCUGUUUUAUGGUGGCCAUCAUGAUCGGAUCCUCUUUGUACAAUCUGCUUUUGGCUAAAGGCUACAAAGCCGAGGAGGUGCUCCGAUUGUGCUUGGUCAUCAUCAGCUUGAGUAUGGGCGUGUGCUCGUUCACCGGAGGACCCAAAGUCAGUCUGAGCUACACAUUCGUCACCUAUUUGGCCUUUCUGGUCCUGGAGGUCGGCAUUGGCAUCUACUUUCCGGCCAUAUCAUACUGCAAGUCCCAAGUGAUCCCGGAAUCCCAUCGAGCCAAUGUCAUGAAUUGGUUCCGAGUGCCCAUGAACGUCAUCACGUGUGCCACAUUGCUUUGCUUGCACAUCCCGUGGAUCUCCGAGGACAAACGAAUCGUCUUUGUGGCUUGCUUUGGAUUGGCUCUAUCCGGCGUAAUUUUGGCCACUAGAUUCAUUGCGACAUUCCAGGAAUCCAAGUCCAAUUUGAUUGUGGAUGAGUCCAAGCAGAGCCUUAUCGAAAAUGGGGACUAAAAAAAAAACAAAUACAGAAAAUCAAUUGUUAGACGAAAGUAUCGCUAACGAGUAUCCGAUGUGAUAUCGAAUACAUGACUCUGUAAUUAUUGAAUAUGAUAUGUGAUAAAUCCUGCCCACCCGCCUUAGCACAAUCUUGUACUCUGUACAUAAAUCGUGAACCCAUUGUGAUAAAAACCUUGUUUUGAAUGUGAUUGAUGAGUUUAUUGUGUUGAAUAAAUUUGAUCAUUGUACAUUUUGUUCGUUUUAG